GAACAAAAAAAAUAAUGGGAUUACUCACAAAAACUAAGUUCAUUUAGCUUGUAACAAAUUACAUACUUGACUUAUUAUAUACAGAAAAAGUCGGGUUUUGAAAAAGAAAAAUGGGGAGGAAGGACAUCCAAUUAGCAGGUUUUUUGUUCCUGGCCACAGUGAUGAUGCAAAUGGUUUAUGUGAAUGCAUGUAUCAUAGAGGGUGGCAUAUGCACUGCUACUCCAGGUGAAUGUUGUCAAACACCAAAAGAACUAUCAUGCUGGAAAGAUCCAACAGAUCCAACUGGUAUUCGUAAGAUUUGCACAAAUUGUGAGUCGCACCCAGGGCAUCCUUGUAUCCCUGGUGAACGUGAGUGUUGUACUGACAGUGGACUUACGUGUGCUAAUAUCGGAGGCGAUAAUUACGAGUGCAAAUUAUAAGUUUAAUUUGAUAUGUUGCCAUAAUCAUCAUCAUCAUGAUACCGGCCCCGUGCAACUUAUGUGUGCCUGAUUUGGAUUAUAUUUAUGUCAUUGUACGUUGUUGUGUGUUGUACGUUCUUUUUCGUUUGAGUACGUGAUUGAAUACUUAUCGAUCUGGUUUGUCAUGUUAUGUUAGUUGAUCUGGUUGAUGAUCGAUCUAGCUUGUUGCAUGUAUGGUUAUCCCAUGCAUUGACUUUGAUAAAAUGUCAACUGUGGGUAAUACUUAGCUUCUUAGCAUGGUCGUCCUAGCCUUCUUCCUAACUAACAUAUACUUGUAUUAUAUAUCAUCAAUAAAUUGUUUUUGUUUUUCUAA